AUGUCUUCAGCCGAACCCAUCAGGGUGUUGGUCUUCUCUCGCACCGUAGCCUAUCGCCACGACUCUAUCCCGGCUUCCAUAAAGGCUCUUGAAGACCUUGCGGCAACUUCCCUGACCACUUCCCAGCCGUUUGGUACGACAGCAACCGAGGACCCUACGAUAUUCACACCCUCCGGGCUCUCGCAGUUUCGUGUCAUUAUUCUUCUGCAAUGCUCUGGCGAGUUCCUCGAUUCUUCCCAGCUCGAGGCACUCAAGGGUUUCGUCCACUCCGGCGGUGGCGUGAUAGGUCUCCACUGCGCCAGCUUUGCUAUGGAGUCGAGUGAGUGGUAUGGCCGUUUGAUCGGUGGUGUCUUCAAGGACCACCCAGAGCCCCAGAUGGCCAAGAUCCGGCCUGUUGUCAACAACAUGGACCAUCCUCUCCUGACUGUUGUUAAAAGACCCCAACACGAGAGCGAGGGGAAGAAGACAAUGUUCGGUGUGACGACGGACAAGGAGUGGGACUGGUUCGAUGAAUACUACAACUUCAAGACGAACCCGUGGGAUAACCCGCAUCUCCAGAUUCUCCUCGCGGUUAACGAAGAGACUUAUACCGGAGGAACACACGGCGAGCGUCACCCUCUUGCAUGGGCCCAGGAGUUCGAGGGCGGCCGGUCAUUCUACAACUCUCUUGGCCACUUUAAUGACGCAUAUCUGGAGGACCCCGGGUUCAUGGCAUUUAUCUACAAGGCCAUUUUAUGGACCGCAAGAUUGGACAACUGA